UGUCUGCUACAACCAUCUAUACUACCAUGUGGUUAGAGACACACUGGAAGAACAUCCGCCAAACCCUGUUGCUUCUUUUCACUGCUGCUCUUCUCAUUGGGGUCACCAUGCUGGCCAUUUCAUCUAACAUCAAUCCAGUAGGCUAUUUCUUCCUAGGGGUAGGGGGAGUGUGCCUGAUCGGCUAUUUGCUCAGUGUGUUUGUCGAGUGUUACCUGAGGAAUCAGCACCGACAUGAUGCAAAUGAGAUACCUACAAACAGGCAAAGCCAAGCAGGGGUGAACACUGCCUAUGAAGCACCCACCUAUGAGGAGGUGAUGACCAUGUCAGUUCCAGCCAUAUGGACUAUUGCAUCCAAUCCAGGCUUCGUACCCUCACCACUGAACGAGCCUCCUCCUUACAACGCAGUUACUGAAUCAUCUGCCCAAGAAGAGAUUAUGGUGGAGGCUCUCAGGGCAUCAGACACAAUAAGCACCUCUGAGACAGACACAGGCUCCAGGAUGCCGUUGCAGCUGGUUCUGCCCCCAAGGCUGCAGCGGUUUGUUUCGGACAUCCAUGAAGUGAAAGGUAUUGAAGAGAGGUUUGAGCCACUAGAGCCACUCACUCCACCACCUGCUUAUGAAAGUGCCAUCAACGAUGAGGUCUUUGAAGAUGCUUUCCAGCCCUCGGUAUUAUGAUUAAUUUAACUUUCCAUGAAUGCAGAACCACACCCUUACCCAAAUACAGGGCACUCCUAAAGGGAAGGUGGGAGAUUUUUCAUGCCUGAAAGUGUGAAAGUUUGUCUCACCAUUCUUUGAACCAAAGCUGAACUACAGACUCAGCUUCUGAUGUCACUUAAAUCAAUGCAAUACCAUAAUGCUUUGUCUUGGCAGAUGCAUAAAACCAGUGUGAGGAAAGUUGUGUUAUAUAUGGCAACAAUUCUCAAACUGGAGAUACACCUUUGUGGGGCAGGAGAGAGAAUCAUGAGAAGAGACAAGGUUGCCACCAGGACCUCUGAAGGACUGUAGAGUUCAGCCAGGAGAAGGUGCCUGGGUAAAGGGAGGAAUAGAAACAGCACUAAGUAGGUUCUGCCUGUGUAUUACAAACAGCAGUAUUGCUGAGAGCUGUGCAAUCAUCAGCCACCCUAAAAUCCCUACUGAGAGACAGAGGCUACAGUUCCUCAAGUUGCUGUUUUGCAGCCACACAAAUUUAUGGUCUGUGCUGUUUGUUGCUACCCCUCUGCCACUCUUGCUGCAUGUCCUCAGCUGUGCUGUACUGGAGCAUGACUGAGGGGAGGGUGGCUGUCUUCAUCUGGAAGCUGGCACCACCCUGAUACCUGUCACUUGGGGCUGAAAAGCUGACAGCAAGCAUGGCACCAUGAAAUUACUUUUGUUCACAAGGUUCUCAUCCCACACAGCCUGCAGUGGCAGACAAGAGGGAGAUAAUAGCAGUUUUUCUCCUGUAAGAGAGGCUGGCAGUGGGACAACAUACAUAUAUACAUAUCCUCUGCCUGGACCACCAGUCUUUGCAGCUCUGUAGGAAGGUGUAUUUCUCUGCUGUACUACAGCCCCAAACGUCUUGAGAUACUUUAUUGUCAUCACGGCAAACAUUUGCACAGAAACGUCAAUGUUCCUCCAGUUCUCUGUAACAACACCAUGCACGGAGGCUUCUCCCCAGACUCUGGAAAGGGCCAAUCUGUCUGCUGAGGCCACUGCUGCAGUGAGGAGCACCUGAGAAUAACAGUCUCAAGUCAUGUGUAGUCUUCAUCGUGAUGACUCUAGGCUGGAGCCAUAUUCUAGCUCUCAUUGCUCAGUCAUGCUGUGCAGUCUUUUAAAAUGGGUGAGUUAAACUGAUAGGCUCUGCAGCACUGAAGUGGUCUGCAGUAUGUAAAGAAACAUUAAUGUGUGGUGAAUGUCCAAACAAAAAAAAACCAAACCAAAAAAAAAAAAGAAAUAUGGUGGUCUGAAUCUCCUUAUGAAGGAGAACAGCAGUUAUCACAGCCUUGUCUCAUACAACUGCAUCAUCUUUAAUUCAUAUGAGCUACCAUCAAACCAUAGGCUUGAAGCAAGUCAAUUAUUUCUUAUUGUUCUUUAUAGUUCAAAGGAAGAAAAGACCUUUUAUGUUGUUUAUAAAUAAAUGGGACCACAUUAAAAAUACCUAGUGGAAUCAUUAGAUUUUUCUUCCGAAAUACUCCAUGCUUUUGCUUGCAUUCUGCUUAUUUGAUAAUCCUGGCUUAUAAAAAAAGAGAGGAGUUCCACUUCUAAAGCUACAGCUGAAUCACUUUUAAUAUCAUUAUGAAGCAGCUAUGAUACGUCUAUCAUGAAAGUAUUAUGAGACGUAUUUGCCGAUAGAGGCAAUGACAUUUUUUUUAAAGCCAGUCAGUUCUUGCAUUUCCCUCCUGUAUCUGCAAGCAUGAAAGAACAAACCACAGUAAAAAGCAGACAGGUAUACCACACAGGAAUAGAAACUUUGGGUCUAAACUGGGCAACCCGGACCUUUCUGUGUGCACUGAAUUGCCAGGAGUCAGAAGGAAAUUCAGGUGACCAGCACAGAUAAAAACUAGCCAAAACAAAGGGCAAGAAUGCCACCAGUUAUGAUCAUUAGGAUUUUGGUUUCAGCAUCUGUAAGGGUUAUUGAAGCCUUUGGACUUGUGUUAAGUUUUAGUACGUGAAACUCCUCAGGAAAAGGAGUAACUGUCUGAAGCUUUACGUGACAGGAGCUGUAAAUUUGCUUCUGCUAAAAGGAUGCUCACUUGCUUUCCCCCUCCUAUUUCAGGUGUACUCUGCACAUCCUCUGUGCUCCCCCUCUCCCUUCUAAUUACAGAACUUGAGCCCUUUUUGGACUUCAGCUGAAACGUAUGGCAACAAAACAUAUGUAACAAAAUCU